AUGGUGUUAGCAGAAGGCGGUGGCAGUAACAAUUGUGCUAGUGGUGGAACAAUUCUGUGGUGGAAGUCAGUAAAGGUGGAAGAAGGCGUUAGUGAUGGACGUGUCAAUUGUGCUACUGGUGGUGGUGGUGGUGAUAGUGGUAGUGAAAAUAAUGGCGGUGGUGGGUGUAAUAGUGAUGGUUGUCGAAGGUGGUCGUGCAAGUCAGUGGUGGCGGCGGCAGUGGAGGUUGUGGUGAUGGAAGGUGGUGGAGGAAGCAACAAUGAUGGCGGUGGCAGUGACGGUGGUCAGGUGGUGGAAGGCAAUGGAGGAGGCAACAGUGAAAGGCAGUAG